AGGAUCCGUGACGUCGUACCCAAAUAAACAGAAAAUAUAUGUGAAUAAUUUCGAUAUAAAAACGGUGUGUAUCAAGUGUCGGAGGAGUCCGUGUGCGUGGCCGGAUAUUUAUUAGUGCCUACGAACGGUCAGUGAAUUUAAAUAGCGCGGCGAUUCCCGAUGUGUGCGUGUUUCGAUUAUCGGUCCUCUUUUUGGGGGGAUAAUCGCGAUCGGCUCGCGACCACCACGGCAGCUGUUCCGCCGUUCGACAGUUAAGCCAGCCCUUAUACACUUACGUACGAAGAAAUGGCGGCAGCUUUCUCGAAUUUCUCGCUAAAUCAGUAAAAACGAGUAAUACCGUUUCCGAUCAUAGACAAAGCGAAUAGAAAACAUCGUCUGUAUAUUUGAAUGCCAAGGGACUUGCGAUUGAUUUGUUGAAUUUUAUGAUUUGUACAGUUGUGUGCUACAGAAUAACACAAUACAACCAGGGCCGUAACGAUCCUUUUGCAUUCCCUGUUACUUCUGACUCCUCUUCUGUCUCAGUUUGUUACUUAAACGGAUUGCCUCAAUGAAUCCGUAUAUUCGUUUCGAAAUCUGAACUACAAUCAACCUCUCCUUAACGCGUACCAUAAAUAAGUUGUCAUAGUCAGAGCAAUGCUACUCGUUUAUGAUAUAAGUAUCGAUCGCUAUUAAAUACAGCCAUCCGCGUAACUUUGCUCCUACGAAUCGUAUCUACGAUACACAUGUAGUACUUUGCUUUCGAUAACAUCACACGUUUCAAGUGUAUAGCUGGUAUCAAAAUAUAUUUUCUUCUCGCUUCUCAUCUUCGGCUCAACGAUUACGCUUUAAAAUUGAUCAUCGUCGAUUAAUAUUAAUAAGCAAAAGAGUACAAUACAUGUAUACUUAUUCAUUUAAUAACAUGAUCCAGCAAUAUUAUUUUGCUUACUUAAAAGCAUGAUCAGCAAAUUACCCAUGCAAAGUAGAAUUCUGAGGAAACUACUAACACUUCGCAUUCUGUUUAUCAUAUAUGAUUCGAAUAAUUUUUGUUUUAACAAAGUUACAGAAGCAGAACUCGAUGCAGUUUUGCUUUGAUUUAUAUUUGCGAAUUUACGAUAAAUAAAGAAACGAAAGAAGGAGGAUUCACAGUACGUUAUAUGGUCUUCAUGGAAAUCUAAGUAGAACAUUCGUUCGUUUCUUUACACGAUAAUUUGUUGUAACAUUUCGCGCGAACUUCAAUAGAACAUUCUAACGUUUGCGCAUGGAUCGAACCGACGACGGUCAUCGAAUAUCACACGUGAAUAGAAGGAAAACGAAAAAAUGUCUUUUCCGAUCCGACGCGAUCCCUUCGUCUUUCUAAUCUCGGUUCUGCUUUAACUUUGACCCUCGUGAAAAAAGCCCACGACUCGUCGACGGCCCUGGACAUAAGUUUUUAACGUUUCCAACGUCGCGGCUGCCCUCUGGUGCCUAAUUUUCAGCGAUGAAUGUUCACUAUUUACAGGUUUUGUGAAUAAAUCGUGUAUCGUGCGUAUAAGGACGAAUCCGUAACUCCACCGCCGGCAUCGAAGAUCGCGGGUUGUGAAAAAAUGUCGCGCUAUCAGAGAAUCGCUUAGGAGAGCAACCGGUCAGAUCAACCAUACAGUGGUGGCCCCAUGGAAGGCACGUUGGAAGAACCCCCUGUUAAGGACUCGUCUCAAGCCCGUCCUGAUAAGGUUCUCAAAGAUGUGAUUCCAAAUGGGGUAAAUGGAAAUUAUAGCGACAAAGAAGAAUUCGUAGACGUGAAGGUCUAUGGAUCGAAAGAAGCUGGUAGCUUAGUAAAGGUGGAGAGGGAGGAAGCAAAUGGAAACGAAGGCGACGAGGACGAGCACAGAAUGGAAGCUGAGAUAGAAGAGAGGGGCAUAGACUCUGAAAAUAGUGAGCAUGAAAAUGGAACGGAGCAAAGUAGAAGUAAAGAAAGUGAAAUGUCCGAGUCAGAGAAUGAUUCGAAAAUGUCUAGAUCGUCACCGGGUGUCAGUGAGAUGAACAAUUUUAGUGAAGUGUCUAAGACUGAUGAUAAGUGUAAGAGCACCUCGCACGAGGCUAUGGACAUUGAUGAACAGAGUAACAAUUCAGACGUCGAAUGUUUGGACGAGAGCAUAACCGAGAUACAUUCGGAUAACGACGAUGUGUUCACUUUGAAGAAUACUUGCCCUGAGAACAAAAAUGUGUCGGGCAGUAGCGACGUUCAGCUUAACGACAGUAGCGAGAUCGCUGACAGCAGUCUCGACACGUCUGAUGUGAAAAUCUGUGAAGAAAACGGAAGUUGCGGCAGUCCAGACAUAGAAGAAAUAACGGACAGCGCAAAGAAUGGUUUGAACACUUCUCCGGAACGUGCGAACAAAGAAAAACAGAGGAAAUCGAGAAAGGUGGACCUGAGUAAUAUCACGCCGAGAAGAAGUACUCGUAACAUAAAGAGGACGAGUUACAUAGAAAAAGAACUGGAAGAGGAGGUAGACGAUGAUGGAUCGGACAUCGAAGAAAUUAAACCGGAAGAUCCCCUGGCUGGUGUCGACGGUAAAGACAAGGAAAACUCUAAACUGAAAUCACCAUUGAAAAAUAGCAAAACUACUAUCGUGGUCAACGACACGAAACGAUUAGUCGAAAUUGCUGCUGGUAGCAAGUCCAUCAAGGGAGGGAAGAAAGAACCUACUUUAGUUAUUAUAGACACGAAUUCCAUACUCUCUGGACGCGGUGGGGUUCCCGUCAGCAGCAAUAAGCCUCACCAUAACGUUUCUAGUACCAGCUCGUUUUCGGUAGUCCCAAUGGGAAUAACGCAAACGCAAACCAUGUAUCCUAACAUGCGGACAACCAUCACGCCGGUGCCCAUGACAUCGAAAACCGCACAAUUAAGUCCCAAGACCACGAGCAUGACCACCGUAACACCUACCGUGACACCUCCUAUAUUACCUACUUUGACUGACGAUAUGUUCGUGGUGGAGGCUCCGUCUUUCAUAGUACCGUACGUGUAUGAAAAACCGCCUUUGAAGCCAUUGAAAAACUUCGUCACGAAAUUAGAAAAAUGCUUGGCGGAACAAGAAAAAGAAGAGAGCAAAAGGAACGCGGAAGAGAUCAAGGCAGAUGAAUGCGAGGAGGACUCGAUGGACGAGAGCAAUCAGAAAAGCAAAGAUAAAGGAGACGAAAGUGAGAACGAAGGUGGUAGUUCGAAGAGUAGUAGAAAGGAUGGCGACGACAGAGGUGCUGACAGUUCAUUAGAUAUAACCGAAUCUGGAUUUAGUAGUAUAAGUGACAAACAAGACGUAAGGCAAGACGACAAAAACAAAAUGCUGACGUAUUUCGAUUUACCAUUGGGCAAAUUUUUCAUGCAAAUCGGAGUGAAUCUUGUUCAGGAAUAUGUGCAAACCGAUCUUUUACGGACUCAAAAACGUAAACAGGGCAAAGGUAGCACAUCAGCCGAGACUCAAAUAGCUAUAAAUUCGCUCAUUAAGAAUCUAGAAUUUAGUAAAGAAAAUAACGAACCAUUCCAUUUAGAACUGAAGAAAUGCGAAUUCUGUAAUUUUAAAACGGAAUCGACCCUGGUCAUGCAGCAUCAUUUAGAAACUCCGCAUAUGCGCAAUUACGUCUACAAAUGUAAUUUCUGUCCGAUCGAAGUGCGUAGCCCUCACGACAUCUUAUUCCAUAUGGAGGCGGAACAUAAUACUCGCGGGAGGUUGGAGCGCGGCCCAGCUUUUCAUCAAUGUCCCAACUGUCCGUUCGAGGACAAUCAAAAGGGCAAAUUGACUCGGCACAUACUCGCCUGCACCAAGAAAUUCAGACCAGAAAAGAAUCUGGAACCGGCCGUCGACUGGGAGCCACCGGCGAAGAUUCCAAGAUUAAAUCGAACGAGACCCGUCGUCGGACCGACGAAUUCCAGCGCGCUUGCAAUGGCAAUGAGUGGCAAAGGAGCUCAGCCGCUUUUACCAAAACUACUUCCCGCUCCGAUCACAGGCCGUGGGAGAGGACGACCGCCCAUGCAGCCCCGCUUUUCCGAUCUUAAAUCGUUACGACCGGGUGGUACGUCGAUGCGACAAGAUAACGUUUCAGGAAUGAUGUAUCGUCCGACGUCGUCCGGUUUAUUGGUCCCGACUUCCUAUCAAUUUGGUAGUAACCAAAUAUUUCAGGUGAUGGGUGGCUCUGGGACUGUCAUGUCGGCUGUCUCGGGAGUGAGUAGCAGUAGCGGCGGCAGUUCCGGUCAACCCACACCCAUUGCACUUGUACCCAACGUAAUCGACUCUCUCUCUAGAUUGUCCUCAUCACAGAAUACGACAGCGAGUCCCAAAAAUCCUACUGCAAAGUUAUUAAAUCAGCCAAGUAUAUCCAUAACUCCACUACCGCGUACGACGUCUCAAACUUCGAUUCCCGGUUCUGGGACUUCGUCAAAGUCUGGAGGAAAGACUACCUUCGUUAUAUGUGAGAUUUGCGAUGGUUACAUUAAAGAUUUAGAGCAACUGCGUAAUCAUAUGCAAUGGAUUCACAAAGUGAAAAUACAUCCAAAGAUGAUAUACAAUAGACCUCCGUUGAAUUGCCAAAAAUGUCAGUUCCGAUUUUUCACGGAUCAGGGUUUAGAAAGACAUUUACUUGGAUCUCACGGUUUGGUCACGUCUAGUAUGCAGGAAGCUGCAAAUCGAGGAAAGGAUGCAGGGCGUUGUCCUGCUUGCGGCAGGGUAUAUCAAUGGAAAUUACUGAAUCACGUUGCGCGAGAUCACGGGAUGACGUUAAAGCCGGCGCAUCUAUCUUAUAAGUGUACAGUUUGCACUGCCACAUUUGGAAUGUAUAAGCAGUUUGAGAAUCACGUAUACUCAGCGCAUAGCGUCGUAGCUAAGCGAGUAAUGGAUAAGAAGAAUACACCUUCGUCUCCGUCGUCCAGAUCCAAUGAUUCCCUUCUAAAACCAUUGAAGAUCAAUGACGAAAUAACGAUUAUUCCACAACCGGCAAAGCCUACGACCAGGUCGGGUGCGACUCAAGGCAGAGCAAAAUAG